AUGCAAAUUACCUUAUUUUUUCCAGAAAGUGCACGUGUGGAGACCGGUAGCGAUACCGGUAAUGAAACAAAAGUUAUUAUUGAGAGACUGCCAUUAAGCAAGGAUGACCCUAAUCAGGAGAAAUAUGAUAUUGAAUUUAUUCAGGGCCUAUCCACUAAAUAUCAUCUGCCAGUCCCUCUUCAUUUACAUCGCAACUUCACUAAUGGUUACUUUCACCUCAAAUUUGUUUCUGCCGAAGAUGCUACCAACUUCCGAAUCAAGUUCCGCAAGAUAGUCGUAACUGAUCCAAUCCUGAAAGAGAUGCGCCCCCAAAUGAUCAUCCGUUGUACGUUUCAGCAGUCAACUUAA